AUGGGCAAGACGACGCUGCUGAAGCAUCUGGCCGCGCGGCGCUUGUGCGUACCGGAGCACUGGAGUGUCACGCUGGUGCAGCAGGAAGCAGACGCCACAGAGGUCCCGGUUGGGGUGGUGGAUGAAGUGCUCCGUGCCGAUCGCCGGCGUCGCGAUCUGCUCCAGCGGGAGGCGGAUCUCCUUCGCAAGCCUGGAGCCGAGCUAGGGUUCAAGCCUUGGCCUGUCACGAACCUUGAAUAUCUCAUUCCAUUUGCACCGUUGGUCCCACAAGAUCCGCAGUUCACUGUCAAGAUUUGGGUGAAGGGCCCUUUUGACUAUCGUGCCAAGAUUUGCCAUGUCGACAAGGAGUGGUGGAGCCAAGUCGGAGGACCUGCAGCGAUUCUUGGAACCAUUGCUGACGAAGAGGGUGUAUUGGAGAGUGCUGUGAAAGCUAGGGUCCAAACCAUUCUCAGCAAGAUUGACAAUGCCACCAUUCGUGCACACAUGCAUGAUGAUCCCCAGACCUUUUGGGGUUAUCUAAAGCAGUGGGCCAAUGAUGCAAAGCUCAGGCUCAUCACACCAGAAGAGCUCAAAGCCCAAAAGAAAGCUGGUAGGCUUGAGGCAAAGGAGCAUUCAUCAGCAAGUUCGAGUGUCAAAAACAAGAAGCUCAGUGAAGCCACUGCUGAAAAGGUUGCUAUUGACACCUUGCACUUUGUUGCCAACAAUGCCGCAGUCAAGCAGAUUGAUCUCAAUGGGUUUGCCCCAGAUAGGACUGGAAUUGCCAUCGUCACACCUGAAGAAGCUAUGAAGCUGGAAGCGGAGGGAGACGCCGAGGCCCUCGACCAUGUCUCGAGAGACGCACAGGAGUUGCAAAAGCUCUGCGAGGAGUUGAGCUCCGUCGCACAGGACGGAGCUCCGGAAGAUGGAGAGGACUUGGAUGCCAUGGGAGCAGAGGCAGCAGAGGCGUCGGUGCGGAAGAUCCUGUGCGGCUUGGGCUUCACCAGUGCCAUGAUGGAUGGUCCGGUGCACGUCUUGCCCUUCGGACCUGGUGACGUUUUGCACGGCUUGGAGUCUGGGACUGGGAGGUGUUGGGCAGAAACGAUAGAUUUUUCCGAAUGGGGGUGUGACUGCAAACUGUAUAUAGACAUAGAACAAGUGAAGGGAACACGGAUGGGGAUGGAGAUCAGGUUGGAUAAUCCUUGUGGUGUGAGGCUGUUUCUUUCAACAUUGCAUGUGUUGAGUGGUAUGAAGGGGUUCUUGAAUGUUGCUAUGGAUGAUAGCAUCGAUCCGCAUCAAACAGCUUUACAAUAG